GCAAAAUCAUUUUAAGGAAUGAAAUCUGUUUUGUUGCUAGUAUUAUUAGUAACUGUAGGAAAAUACAGCUGUAGAGUACAAGAAUCAGCUACUUUCUGAAGGGCAGCCAAGCUCAUAAGCAAUUUAGAACCUACAGACAAUUAAGACAAAAUUGGAACGCAUGAAUGUGUCACAAACGCCUUGUGGUCACAUGUUAUUUUAGGGCGUGGCUCCGCAUUCGUGACCGGUUCUCUUAUUUCUGUUUCCCGGUAUCCGUUAGUGCUGGAAUUUGCGAUUAAUACUUUUCUCAUGCCGAAACCGGAUUAGAUACAUACCCGGUAGUUAAAUGUCAAAAAUGAUUAUAUUCGCAAUGUCAUUAAACAACAACAACAUAAAUAGCUACUACAUUUUCGAAAUAUGAUUUUGUCAUCAGGAUUACUUCCACGUGCAACUGUCAGACGACAAGUAGGUGAGGCACUUCCGGGAGCUGAGCUAUGCUGGUGCCAUCCUUCGGGACAGCUGGGUCCUGACAGACGUUGGCAUCACCCCUAGCAGUGCCAUCUGCUGCCUGCUGAAGGUACCAGCCGAACACCUAGCUGUUUCUACCCGUGCUUGAAAAUGCAUAUCAAACGGGAGCCGGUGGUGCGUGUGUUCAGUGCCGUGACGGGGGAGACCCUCUCAGUCUCGGGCACUGUGUUUCUCCUGAGUACGUCUGUGGCCAGGCUCAUGACCCUGGUGUCCCAGCAGUGUGGGCUUCCCGUCAGCUCCUUCAGACUGAGCUCUCCCACCGGCCUGCAACUCUACGACUGCAACCGGCUGCACGACUACGCCAUUGACCUGGGGGCUACUCUACGGUUGGACACCUGGGAUGGGUGGGCGGAGUUCCUCAGAGGCUGCUUCCUGGGACACAGACUGACCGUCCAACGACACCUGUCUAGGGAGAGACCUGUGAUGAGGUUCCAGCUCCGGGUGGCACUCUACAUCGCUGCUUCUCUGGGCCACCUGGACCUGGCCGGCUGGCUGCUGGAGAGGGGGGUGCGUGUCAUUGAGCCGGUGGGGGUUCACCCUUACCGUGAGUGGUGCCACCAGACGGCCCACCCCGACGUCGCCAAGUAUCCCAUUGAACUUGUCCGGUGGCCAUUUGAUUAAUUGUUCAGCAGUCUUAUGACUUGGGGUUAGAAGCUGUUAUUGGUUUACCCUAACAAGUCCUGAAACAAAUCAUGAGCCAACUAUCAUGCUUAGAAGAUGUAUAGUGUCAGUCUUAUUGGUUCACCCUAACAAGUUGUUUCAGUAUGGGGAGAGGAUAGGAUGUAAGGGCGCUUCAUUAAUGUAUUGAGGCCAUUACAUAUACAGUAUUUCACAAUGCUAGGACACAGAUUUGGUCUCCUAACCUUGUUCUGGUUGAUUGACUCUCUAACAGUGCCUUCACACAGAGACCAUGGUUGCAGCAGCUGAAUGUAGCGCAGACUCUGUCCAGGAGGAGUGCUCAGCACAUUGGGUAGACACCAGGAUCCUGGAUUAGGCAGAUUAAACAUACUGAAACAAGGAGGGACAACCUGGAAUUGUCCAAAAAGGAACUCUUAUUUGAGUUUUUAUUUUUAUUUUUUACAGUGAACAAGAUGAGACGUUGGAACGGAUGAUGCCUGAAACAAUGCGGACGACUUAGAAUUUAGUUCCUUUGGAUGAGGCUUAUAGAUAUAGUCAGUACUGUGUUUGAUUUGUGUGCAGAAAGUUUACAACGGCAGGCAGUGGAUUCUCAGUCAUUCCUAUUCUCAAGUAACAAAAAACAUAUAUUUCACUGGCUAUUUGUAGUAGCCAAAUGUGAAUGGAAUUAUAAUUAUUCUAGAAUCAUUCAGUUGACUGAAUGUGACUAUGUGGUUGUGCUGUAUGUGAUUGUACUGAAUGUGGUUGUACUGUAUGUGAUUGGAAGUGUUUGACAUGGGUCUAAUUGAGGCUCCAACCCCCCCCC